AUGGUGGAACUCAUAUCCGGAUCAACUGCGAACUCCGAGAACACAAAAAAAGAAUCUGUCCCUGGUAUUAGCGUUACUCCUAGUAGCAUCACUACACAACCUACUGACCCCAGCAGCGUCGAGAGAGCUCCUUCAAUUGUAACACCUCCAAUCACCAGGGACAGAUCCGCUGCCGCCUCUAAUGUUCCUGCACAACUUGUUAAUCCUGGAAGCUCCAAAAGCGCUCCUUCAGGCGUUACGCCGCCAGUCAGCAGAGCUAGAGCUGCCGCUACCUCUCCCAAUGUUUCGUCAAGCAUGGCUCCUCCGACCACCACCAAUUCUCCAAUUCCCUCACCAACGGGAAGAGAAACCGGAGGAACCAGAGGAAACCGACCCUAUGUCACCAUCGCUGAUUUGAUGGAACGACAGGAGGUUCUUUCUAGAGCCCAGAUGGACAUGGUCUCGACGCAGAAAGAAGUACUAGUCUUUCCAGUGACGAUGAGGAACACCUCCAACACCCCCGGCACCAGCACCUCGGUGGAACGCGUCCCCAUGGACGAGGAUAUUGGUGUCGGAACCCCAUCAUAA